GCCCUCCAGACGAGAGACUCCCUAAAAAGGCCCUAUUUUCCUCUGCCACUCUCAAUCCACGCAGAAAGAUGCAGACUCUGCAACGUCUGAAAAUAUACAAUCGCCUUCAUGCAGUCAGAACCACCAGUUUCAACCCCAUUGGCCACCAUCUUAAAACCUACUCCACCAAGUCCAAAAGCGCCGGUGAUGAUGAAUGGAACAAUGCCUGGGAAUCCGCUUGGCUUCCUGAAGACCUCUCUGCCAAGAACAGAGCUCCCUGGGAGACUGAUGUCAACUUCUCAUCUUCAGAGUCUGCUAUUGUUCUUCCGUCUGAUGUUGAUGCUGAGACAAAGGCAUUUGUUGAGGACAUGACUGAGAAUUGGAAUGAGAGGAGAAAAGGUCAGCAAAAGCAAGAGGAGAAGCGUGAUUCACUUUAUAAUCUUGAGAAUAUGAAGAAAGAUUACAGGUUGAAGAAGCAGAGGCUGCACGCUGGGUUGUGGAUGAAAGAGAUUGAGAAGCAGGAGGAAGCCAAGUUGGGGGAUUUGGUUGCAGGUGGCGGAGAUGACAUCGAUAGAUUGCUUGAUAGCUACUCUGAGAUUUUUGAUACUGGCAACAAUGAUUUCAAUAACUCGAAUAUUCCGAGCUCUUCUGAGUUUAAAAACAAGCCUGAUGGUUGGGAAACAAUAUCAAAGGCCCAAGAUGGGAAUAUAUGGGAGAUGUCACAGAGGGAAGAAGAUAUCCUCCUUCAAGAGUUCGAUCGUAGAAUCGCAUACUGCAAAUUCCAGAUAGCGAGUUUCAUUAAGACGCACAUAUUCAGCCGGAGGAGACCCAUCGAUGGAUGGAAAUACAUGAUAGAGGAGCUGGGGCCAAAUGCGAGGAAAGGGAAGGGCAGUGUUUCAAGGUUACCCAGCAUAUCAGAUGCAUCAACUCAACCUUUCAAGGAGGAGAGGACCACCAGCGGCAGUCUCACCUCCUUUAAGGGGAGGUAGCUUGUCUCCAACUUUUUCCCGGUAAUCCUCUCUUGUAUUUAUGGAUGACCACACUUAAAAAUUUUGACGACUUAUAUAUCAGUUAAGGCUAGUUUUUACAUAUCAAUUUUAUAACUUUAUAUUAAGAACAAAAUUUAAUGGCACGCAUAUUGUGCGUAUCAGGCUUAGUUUUAAUGAAUUUUAACGGGAAAUGAAGAAUAAGCUUGAUUUUAUUUGCA